UUCGUAGUACCACAAUUCACACCUUGCAAGAGCCCAAACUAGUUCCAUUCCAUGGCGCCAUCCGAGUCCCAGCAUCUCGCCUUGUUCCUCGCCAUCGUCAUCACCGCCGCCACGCUGUUCCCCUCGGCGGCCGCCGUCCCUGCCAAGGCCCCUGCUCCCUCCGCCAGCAACGAUGCAGUAGCAAAACCAUUGGCAUGGUGUAUGAUUCCUUGCCUUCCGAUCCUGCCACCCAUAUUGUGUGUACCACCGAUAUUCUGUCCCCCAACGCCUAGCGCUCCACCACCGCCAUCCCCUUUCAAGCCGCACCCGAAGGAGUGCCUACCGUCACUGAUGGGACUGAUGCCAUGUAAGGAUUUCCUCACCAACAGCACCGCGCCCAAGCCUCCACGCCAAGGCAAGUGCUGUGACGGCGUCCGGUCACUCUUCCAAAACUUUCCCAUCUGCCUUUGCCACGUGUUCAACGGCGGCGACCUUGACAAACUCAUGUCGGCACCCAUCGAUGGAGGCCAACUCUUUGGUCUCUCGUCUGCCUGUAACACCAGUCCGAGUGACUUUGUACCCUGCUACGACGUGCCGCCGGUGAGGGCCGCCCCUACCCCUAAAGCUGCUCCAUAAUCGGCUCAAUAUCAGAGCCAUCAUCAUAGUAUCAUUACAGAGACAGGAUGGAAGCUAAAGAUGCCAACGCCUAUAUCUGUUAGUACGAGUUUUUAGUUCAAUUAGGGAAGAUAUGUAGCUUCAUUUGUGUCAAUCUUAGAGUCGUCUUCAGAAAAUUUGUUCGUUAUGAUCGUCAACUAUAUUUAUAUAUGUGUGUUCUCUAUGAAUGUCCGUGGUAUGCAAUCA